AUUCACUACCGUCAGCCUACCACCCGUUCCCGAUCCAGGAACCAGCCCAUCCACCCCCGCCAACAUGACAACCCGCCGAAUCGUCAGCAACGAGAAAACCUACCUCGACGCCGACAGCAAAGGCGCCUCGGAGCCAUCGAACAUCACGCCGGCCGUGCCCGCAUCGGUCAUCUGGAAGCUGCUAAGCUUCACAUUCGCCAUGAUCACACUGCCAAUUGGUAGUUAUUUCUUCACGCUGAAAUACGUCUUCAACGGCAACUCCACAUAUGCAGGUGCACUGGCGGCCGUUAUGGCGAACGUGGUCCUGAUUGCCUACGUCGUCGUGGCCAUGAAGGAGGACCAGUCGGAGCGGCUGGAGGAAGAAGAGCGAAGCAAGAAGUCAAUGUAGCACGUCAGACCUGCGGUACGACCAUUCCUCACAUGUAUUCCACACUCCAUUAUGGAUUACUACAUAAGUUCAUGCAUGCUUGGAUACUUCGCUCUAUGAUUGCAAUUCGGG